UUUACGUCUCCUCGGCGUUCCGGGCCCUUGCGGUGUCUUCCUCCGGCUGCGGAUUGUGCUUCCGGUGCGAGGGUCAGGGACAAGAUGGUGCCCCCGGUGCAGGUCUCUCCGCUCAUCAAGCUCGGCCGCUACUCAGCCCUGUUCCUCGGCGUGGCCUACGGAGCCAAGCGCUACAAUUACCUAAAACCUCGGGCAGAAGAGGAAAGGAGGAUAGCAGCUGAGGAGAAGCAGCAGCAGGAUGAACUGAAACGGAUUGCCAGAGAACUGGCAGAAGCCCAAGAGGACACCAUAUUAAAAUGAGACUUGCACGAGCUGACUUUUCUCCCCAAGCGGUAGUGGAUAAUAAAGCUGUCUGUGUUAUGUUGUCCUUUCUGGCUCUCAUUUCAAGUAUGUCACUCCUCCCAGCUUUGGGAAGGGGGUUUUAUAACUGAUCAGUGCCACCAUCACAGUCCCAAAAUGCAACUCAAACACUGCGGGAACAGAAACU